AUGACUAAUGCAAAAGUUGACAACUUGGUGACAACUCUAUCCGCUGUCGCGCAGCGAAAAAUUCAAGAUAAAGUGAAAAAUUGUAAGGAAGUAUUGUUACCUAAAUUGCCCUGUAUCCCUGGUGAUGAAGGAGUAGGACAGGUUGUUGAAAUUGGGAGUCAUGUGGUCACUGCCGACCCUGGAGAAAGAGUUAUUUUUACAUCAAGAAUGAAGGGAACUUGGAGAUAUUAUGGCAUUUAUAAUGAAAAAGAUAUACAUCCUAUCACUACAAAUGUACCUAUUGUAGAAGCUUCAAUGCUAGCUAUUGCCCCUUGCAUGGCCUACAGAAUGCUUAAAGAUUUUAGACCCCUGCAACAUGGCCAAACAGUUAUUCAGAAUGCAGCUAACAGUUCAUGUGGACAAUGUGUGGUACAACUUUGCAAAGCCUGGGGUCUUAAAACUUUUAACAUAGUAGCUAAUCAUUGUGGCUAUGAAGCGGUAAAACAAAAUUUAUUGUCUAUGGGUGCUGAUGCUGUGCAUACUCUUGAAGAAGCUGAAGAACUAACAAGUUUUAAUACUUCCUUGACUAGACCUGUACUGGCCUUAAAUUGUAUGGGAGGCAGAUUUGAAGAUGUCUUACUGAAGUUAUUAGAUUGCCAAGGAACUAUUGUUUAUCAUGGAUGUUCAUUUGACCUACCUUUGGCAAAGACUUGCUUACGAAAAGAUUUACAAUUUUGUAAAUUUAAUUUACUUGAUUGGGACAAACAAGCUACUCCAGUUCAAAAAGAUGUGAUGAUGAACAAUAUAAUAAAAUUAAUUGUUACUGGACAGUUCAAAGCACCAAUGUUUGAAUCAUUGGAGUUGAAAAGUUUUGUUCAGGCUUUUAGAGGUACAGCCAAAUGUGAUGGUUUUUCUACAAUCAAGUAUAUUUUCGAUUUUACCAUACCAUAAUGGUAUAUAUAUAUUAUGAAUUUUACAUAUUGUUUAAAUCUGUUUUAGGUAGGUACUUCUGUUUACAGAAUAAAGGUAUCUCACAAAUGCAUCAUAAAUUUUUAUAGUUACCUAGUAUGUAUUAAUGAAUUGUUAUUAAAUGAAAUAUAAGCAACA